AAAUAGAGAAUAAUGAAGGAUAUUUACCGCCUAGUGAAAGUUCUAACAAAGAUCCUAAUAGAGCUUUUUUAAUGGAUAUUACAAUUACGAUGAACAAUAAUAAAUCUAAAGAACCUAAAAAAAGAGGAGGAUCAAGAAAAAGAAGUUGGAUAUGGAAUCAUAUUAGAGAAUUAUCUACUGAUAAUAGAUCCAAAG